ACCACCGACUUUUUCUUCUCCAUUCGCAGAAAUCAAUAGUUGUCAUGAACCAGACUCAAGCUGUUGCUGAACAAUUCACAAAGUUCUACUACGAUACUUUUGAUCGUAACAGAACCGAGCUCGCCUCACUCUACCGUGAUCCUUCAAUGCUCACCUUCGAAGGUGUUCAGACUCAAGGUGUCAACAGUAUUGUUGAGAAGCUUGUUUCUCUUCCUUUCCAAAAGGUUGCUCACCGCAUCAGCACCGUUGAUGCCCAGCCCUCAAACCCUAACAACCAAAGCAUAGUUGUUACUGUUACCGGUCAACUUCUUAUCGACGACGAAACCAACCCCCAAAUGUUUACUCAAACUUUCAACCUUAUUGCUGAUGGUGGCUCCUUCUGGGUCUACAACGACAUCUUCCGCUUGAACUAUGCUUAAAUGGAGCGAUAACAAAGUUCGCCGGACACGUAUGUUAAACUAUAAGCGACAGUAGAAUAUACCUUGAUGAGGUAGCUACUGAUAAUAAAAUGAAAUAUUUCAUCCUUGGGGUGUAGCAGUAGUUAUUCUAUCGAUCUGGUAAAAAAGUGUGA